UCUGUCUCCAAUCAGCUCCACCACAGGAGGACUAUUCUGACUCCCCAAAUCACUGCAUUUUGGGUGAAAAAUGGGGCUUGUGACAGGGAAUGAUGAGUAUAAACUGGCGGCGACUUCAGAAGAUGGAGUUAAAACACCUAAAAAAGGGAAAAAGAACAAAAAGGACAUGGAUGAACUGAAGAAAGAAGUGGAAAUGGAUGAUCACAAACUGACAUUGGAAGAGCUUAGCAGAAAAUAUGGCACUGAUCUGACCAAGGGUUUGUCCAUUCCCCGAGCAAAGGAAAUUUUAGCACGUGAUGGACCAAAUGCCCUGACUCCACCUGUUACGACCCCAGAAUGGGUGAAGUUUUGCAGGCAGCUCUUUGGUGGAUUUCAGACUCUGCUGUGGAUUGGUGCAUUGCUCUGCUUCUUUGCAUUUUCAAUCCAGGCUGCCUCAGAAGAAGAGCCGGCGAAUGACAAUCUUUACCUGGGACUUGUGCUUGCUUUUGUUGUCACAGUCAAUGGAUGCUUCUCAUACUAUCAAGAGGCAAAGAGCUCUAGAAUCAUGGAUUCUUUCAGGAAUCUUGUUCCUCAGAAAGCCCUGGUUGUGCGUGAUGGAGAGAAAAAUAUAAUUGAUGCAGAAGACGUAGUUGUGGGUGAUCUUGUAGAGGUCAAAGGUGGAGACAGAAUACCAGCUGAUAUUCGAAUUGUAUCUUCACAAGGAUGCAAGGUGGACAACUCUUCCCUGACUGGAGAAUCUGAGCCCCAAACUCGUGCUCCUGAAGUCUCUAGUGACAACCCACUGGAGACGAGAAACAUCGCAUUUUUUUCUACUAACUGUGUUGACGGUGCUGCCAGAGGGGUUGUCAUCAAUACCGGUGACCGUACAGUCAUGGGUCGCAUUGCAUCACUUGCCUCCAGCCUGGAAGGUGGACAAACACCAAUUGCUAGGGAGAUCGAGCACUUCAUCCACAUCAUCACUGGUGUAGCUGUUUUUUUGGGUCUGACCUUUUUAGUCCUGUCCCUGAUCCUUGGCUACAACUGGUUGGAGGGUGUCAUUUUUCUAAUAGGAAUCAUUGUCGCUAAUGUACCUGAAGGUCUCCCUGCCACUGUAACUGUGUGUCUGACUCUCACUGCCAAAAGAAUGGCAAAGAAGAACUGCCUGGUGAAGAAUCUUGAAGCUGUGGAGACUCUUGGCUCAACCACCACCAUUUGCUCUGACAAAACUGGAACUCUGACCCAGAACCGUAUGACUGUUGCUCACAUGUGGUUUGACAACCAUAUACAUAUAGCCGAUACCACAGAAAACCAGACUGGAGCCUCAUUUGACAGGAGCUCAGCUACAUGGUCUGCUCUUGCACGUGUUGCUGGCCUUUGCAAUCGUGCCGUCUUCCAGUCAAAUCAGAGCCACAUUCCAGUGCUAAAGAGGGACACAGCUGGUGAUGCCUCAGAGUCUGCACUGUUGAAGUGUAUUGAGUUGUGUUGUGGUUCAGUUGCUGAAAUGAGAGAAAAUUACACAAAGCUUGCAGAAAUCCCAUUCAACUCCACUAACAAGUAUCAGGUUUCAAUCCACAAGAAUCCUAAUUCCUCAGAACCAAAACACCUGCUGGUGAUGAAGGGAGCACCUGAGAGAAUCUUGGAGCGCUGCUCCACCAUUUUAAUUCAAGGAAAAGAGCAUCCUUUGGAUGAUGAAAAGAAAGAUGCUUUUCAAAAUGCUUAUUUAGAACUUGGAGGUCUUGGAGAAAGAGUCCUGGGCUUCUGCCACUUUGGCCUUCCUGAUGAUCAGUUUCCUGAGGGUUUUGUAUUUGAUACUGAAGAAAUGAACUUCCCCACUGAGAACCUGUGCUUUGUUGGCCUCAUGUCCAUGAUUGAUCCUCCUCGUGCUGCUGUACCAGAUGCUGUGGCCAAAUGCCGGAGUGCUGGAAUCAAGGUAAUCAUGGUUACUGGUGACCAUCCGAUUACAGCAAAGGCUAUUGCAAAAGGUGUCGGCAUCAUCUCAGAAGGCAAUGAAACAGUAGAUGACAUCGCUGCUCGGCUGAAAAUCCAUAUCGAUGAGGUGAAUCCAAGAGAUGCUAAGGCCUGUGUAAUCCAUGGAGGAGAACUGAAGAAUAUGACUGCUGAACAGCUGGAUGACGUCCUUCAACAUCAUACAGAAAUUGUGUUCGCCAGAACUUCUCCACAACAAAAGCUGAUCAUUGUGGAAGGUUGUCAGCGACAGGGUGCCAUUGUAGCUGUAACCGGUGAUGGUGUCAAUGAUUCUCCAGCUCUGAAGAAGGCUGACAUUGGUGUGGCUAUGGGUAUUGCUGGAUCUGAUGUAUCCAAACAGGCUGCUGACAUGAUCCUUCUGGACGACAACUUUGCCUCAAUUGUCACUGGAGUAGAAGAAGGCCGUCUGAUCUUUGACAACUUGAAAAAGUCCAUUGCCUACACACUGACUAGUAAGAUCCCUGAGAUGUCACCCUUCCUCAUGUUUGUCCUUGUUGGUAUUCCUCUACCUUUGGGCACCGUUACCAUUCUCUGCAUUGACCUGGGCACUGACAUGGUUCCUGCAAUCUCAUUGGCCUAUGAAACUGCUGAAAGUGACAUCAUGAAGAGACAACCCAGAAAUGCUGCAACCGAUAGGCUGGUGAAUGAGAGGCUAAUCAGUGUGAGCUAUGGUCAAAUUGGCAUGAUACAAGCAGUUGGUGGAUUCUUUACAUACUUUGUAAUUCUUGCUGAGAAUGGGUUCUUGCCCUACGAUCUAGUGGGAAUUCGAAUUGGUUGGGAAGACAGAUUUCUCAAUGACCUGGAAGACAGCUAUGGCCAGCAAUGGACCUAUGAGCGCAGAAAGAUUGUGGAGUACACAUGCCACACAGCCUUCUUUGCCAGCAUUGUGAUUGUGCAGUGGACUGACCUCUUAAUCUGCAAGACCAGAAGACUUUCCAUCUUACAGCAGGGAAUGAAAAACCGGGUCCUCACCUUUGGUUUGUUGGAGGAAACUGCUCUGGCAGCAUUCCUGUCCUACUGCCCAGGCAUGGAAGUUGCUGUCAGAAUGUAUCCAUUGAAACCUAUGUGGUGGUUCUGUGCCUUCCCAUAUUCGCUACUCAUUUUCAUAUAUGACGAAGUUAGAAAAUAUAUCCUUAGGCGAAACCCAGGAGGCUGGGUGGAAAGGGAAACAUACUACUAAAGCCAGAAGACUUUCUGUUGGGAACAUGUGGAAGGAGAGAUUGUAUAAUUUAUUAAAUGUCUAAAUGAAUGUCAUUUUAAGAUUUUAAAUGUGACAGUUUAAUAAAAGAGCUGAAUUUA